GCGCAGCACCUCGGGCGCCCCGCCCCGGACGAGCCCGUCGUCGCCGUGGCGCAGGGCAUCCGCCAGCCGUCGCCCGCCGGCCUGCGCGGGGCGGGGCGGUCGUCGGACCGGCUCCCGACCCCGAGCUCGUGCGCGGGCUCCACGAGGACCCCGACGCCCCAGGACACAUCCGAGGGGUGGCGGCACCAGCAGGCAGUAGCGGCGCCACCGCCGCCGGCUCGGGCGGCCUCGGGCGCGGCGGCCCCACAUCAUUCGUCAGGACCCCAGGUCGGCCGUCAGGCGGCCCAGGCCUGGGCGCAGCCGCGCGCCAUCGGGCCGCACGGCAGGGGGCCAGGCGCUGCGGCGCCGGCGCUGCCGCCGCCGCCGGCCAGGCUGCCCGUGGCACGCGGCCACUGA